AUGCCGCCGCCUCCGCCAACGGGCGAGCCGAAGCGCCGCCGCCUUCUAUCCCUCAUGGCAGUCUACCCAUGCGAGAGCAUCGCGCCGGCGCCUCUGUUCAGCUCGCUUCUCACCCUUGCGGCCGACUUGGCGAGCCAAGGGCGGCUCAGCCCCGACGCCGGCGACUUCCCUGUUCUCCGGCGCGGCUUACGGCAGGCAGUGCGGAUUGCAGGCCUCCUCCUCGCCUUCCUGGAGGAGAUCCAAGACGUGACGGUGACGAAGACAGCAGCUCUGCCGUCAUCGGCGGUGCUGGGUCUCAUGGAGCUGCACGUGGCCAUGCAGAAGCUGCGGUUCCUCCUCUCCGACUGCGCGCGACGGGGCGCGCGGCUGUGGGUGCUCGUGAACGCCGGAUUGGCCGCGUCUGAGCUCCGGGUGAUUCUCGGGUCCGUCGCUGCGGCCGUGGACGCGCUGCCCAAGGACGUAGUGGAUGCGUCCGUGGAUGCCGGGGAGCUCGCGCGGCUGAUGUCGGAGCAUGCGUGGCGCGCGGCGGUGCGUCCGGACGCCGGCGACGAGCGCGCGGCGAGGAGCGUGCGGUCGAUACUGGAGCAGUUCAAGAGCGGCGUCUCGCCGGACGCCGAGGACGCGAGGCGGGUGCUGGAGCACAUCGGGGUUAGAAGCUGGUCCGACUGCUCCGAGGAGAUUGCCUUCUUGGAGGACGAGCUGCGCACGCGAUUGGACGGCGGCGCAGGCGGCGACAGCAGCAGCAGCAGCGACGCGGUGCUCAUCAACAGCUUAAUGGCAUUCAUGGUGUACUGCCGCGUCGUGCUGUUCGAUCAGAUCGACGCGAACCCAAAAGCGGACGCGGCGUCACGGCCGCCGGCGAGGUGCCCGGAUUGGCUCAGACCGGAGACGUUGCAGUGCCCGAUCACUCUGGACCUGAUGAAGGACCCGGUGACCGUGUCUACUGGCCAGACGUACGACCGCGAGUCCAUCACCCGGUGGAUCAAGGCUGGAUGCCGCACGUGCCCGGUCACCGGCGGGCGGCUCCGCACCGCCGACGUGGUGCCGAACGCCGCUCUCCGCGGGAUCAUCGAGCGGAUGCUGCUCAGCAACGGCGUCUCGCUUCCGGACCGAAGCAGCUCGGGGCACCGCCACGGCGCGCUCGGCGACACAGCCGUGGCAUUCGGGCCGGCCGCCGCGGGCGCUGCCCGUCUCGCCGUCGCCUACAUCGUCGCCCAGAUCUCGACGGGUUCGACGGCGGAGCGCAGGAAGGCGACGUGCGAGGCCCGCAAGCUGUGCAAGCACAGCGUGUUCUACCGCGCGUGCCUCGUGGAGGCCAACGCCGUGCCGUGGCUGCUGUGCCUGCUGUCCUCGACGGACGCGUCCGUGCAGGACAAUGCGGUGGCGUGCCUCCUGAACCUGUCGAAGAACCCGCGGGGCCGGGCGGCGCUGUUCGAGGCCGGCGGCGUGGGCCUCGUGGUGGACGUGAUCAACGUGGGCGCCAGGGCGGAGGCGCGGCAGAACGCGGCGGCCGUCCUGUUCUACCUGUCGUCGAACGCCGAGCACGCCGAGGAGAUCGGGCGCAUCCCGGAGGCCAUCCCGACGCUGGUGCAGCUGAUCCGCGACGGCGCGCACCGCGGGCGCAAGAACGCGAUGGUCAGCCUCUACGGUCUCCUCCAGUGCGCGAGCAACCACUGCAGGGCCGUCGCGGCCGGCGCCGUGGCGGCUCUCGCGGGGCUCCUCCUGCCCGUCUCCGUCGUCGACCGGGACGACGACCUCGCCAGCGACGCCGUGACGCUGCUGGCGAGGCUCGCGGAGCAGCCGGCGGGCGCGCAGGCCGUGCUGGCGCGGCCGGGCCUGGUCGCCCGCGUCGUCGAGGCGCUCGCCACGUCGUCGGCGUCCCGGUCGGGGAAGGACCACUGCGUGGCUCUGCUGGUCUCGCUGUGCCGGCACGGCGGGGACAAGGUGGUGGCCCUGCUGGGGAGGAUGCCGGGGCUCAUGUCGUCGCUGUACACGCUGGUGGCCGACGGCAGCCCGCAGACGUGCAAGCGCGCCAGGGCGCUGCUCAACCUGAUCCACCGCCAUUACGAGAUGGACGGGCAGCCGGCAUCGGCGGCGGCGUCGGAGGCCGGCGAGCGUGUCGUUCGCGUGCUAUAG